AUUCAUUCAUCACCGUAUAGAAAAUGGCAGCCAAAGAGAAACAUAAACAGAAUGACAGCAUGCUGUACGCAAUUAUCAACAAUAUACCUCCAGAUUACCAUUCCAAAGACAUCAGGAACUAUUUUUCACAAUUUAUUGAAACACGUGGUUUUGAUUGUUUUCAUUUCCGUCAUCGGCCAGAAACACAAGCGAAGAAAGUUCCGGAAAAAGAGACUGACGAUGAAGUGAAAUCAGCGAUCAGUCGUGCAGGUACCAGUGACCCGGUCCGGAGGGGCACAACUUGUUGUGUUGUCCGACUCAAAGCCGACAACUUAGUGACACUUCUCAAAAUGUAUCACAGAAAACAUUGGCUGGACAGGAAUGGCGAUUCUAUCUCAAGUUAUUGCCAUAUUACAAAGAUUAAGCUUACAGAAGACGUUUCAGUUGACCAACAGAGAGAACAAGUAUACAAAACUAGAUCCGAAAUAAAACUGACUCCCUCUGACAGCAGAGAUUUCACAUCCUCCGAUCUCCUCAACUUGCCGGAGUUGCAUCCUCCCGACAUCAUGCCACAUGGAAACGUUGGCACACCCACAAAGGACUUUCUUGACUUUAUCAAAGAGUGUCGACUCCCUCCAUCGGUGAUAAAGAAACUCGGCCUUUCCUUCCCCAAAACCCGCACAAACCGGAAAUAUGGUAGUGUUCCUUAUGAGUACGCUGGACCUAGGUCUUAUCGUAACCAUGGUAACGAAUAUGAUGAAGAGGAAGCUGAUUGGACAGUUUACACGGGAGAGGGUCAUGAACUUGUCAGUGUUGAUGGGUCCAUUGUAGGGAACAUGGAAGAGUCCACUUUGGUACAGGAUGGGGAGCAGAGGAAGGAUGAAGAAAAGGAGUUGACGAGGAAGGAGAAGAAAGCGAGGAAGAAACAGGAGAGGAAGAAAACAAAGAAGUUGAUGGAUGAAAAGAUAGAGGAGAAAAUGAUGAUGCAGCAUGAAGAUUCAAAUGAGGACAACGAUUCCUGCGAGGAGUGGGAGAGGCACGAAGCCGUCACAGACGACCCUGACAACCAGGAAAGACUAAAGGAGAGGCUGUUUGAGGAGGAGAUUGAACUUAAGUGGGAGAAGGGAGGCAGUGGGCUGGUGUUCUACACUGACGCCCAGUACUGGCAGGAGAAGGAAGGAGAUUUUGAUGAGCAGACAGCGGAUGACCUGAAUGUUGAUAUGAGUGGUUAUUACGAGGAUGGUGCUGGGGACGGUGACGCCAGGGACUACAUCACCCUCCGUCAGGAACAGCGUCGACGCGAGGGCCUGGAAGAAACAGACAGGUUCUCUGUGGGCAUUGGGAAGUUUGAGAAGCAUACAAAGGGCAUUGGACGGAAAGUGCUAGAACGCCAGGGCUGGCAGGAAGGUCAGGGGUUGGGGAACACCAUCACCGGAAUAUCAGAUGCCCUGGACAACGAUGGUCAACACCCUCGGGACAAGAAGGGAUUUGGGUACCAUGGUGAGAAACUCAUUCGAUUCGGAGCCCAGAACAUUAAGAGGCAGUUCAUUCGGACGGAGACUUUGAUAACAACAAAAUAUGAUGAGCCUGAUGUUGUUGACCCACCAGAGAAGUUGUUGCGGAGGAAGGAUCACUAUGGGCUGAAACACCGGUCCCACAACGAAGAUUCUUCAUCACGUUGAUGUAAAUUUUAUUCCAUGAAAUAUUACCUGUUAUAUUUGUAAUAUGGAUUUUAUUUUCAUAAUAAAUUUUGUAUUUUGCUGUUUUAUUGA